CAAAAAAAAAAAAAGAACCGAAAAAAAAAUUGAGUUUUGGGUUCUUUGACACUUGUACUUGCCUUUCUGUGAUCAUAGGAAGCACCAAAAUAACAUCCUUGCUCAAAGAAACCAUUUUUUUUGCGUAAAAUUUUCUUGAAAUCAGAAUCAAUGGAGGUAGAGGCUGAAACCAUGCAAAAAUCCAAGUUCAGGAGAAUUUGUGUUUUCUGUGGGAGUAGCCAAGGCAAGAAGAGGAGCUACCAAGAUGCUGCUGUUGAUCUCGGCAAAGAACUGGUUUCAAGGAACAUUGAUCUUGUGUAUGGAGGUGGAAGCAUAGGAUUAAUGGGUUUGGUUUCACAGGCUGUUCAUGAUGGUGGUCGCCAUGUUAUUGGGGUUAUUCCCAAGACACUCAUGCCUAGGGAGUUGACUGGUGAAACAGUAGGGGAAGUAAGAGCAGUUGCAGAUAUGCAUCAAAGGAAGGCAGAAAUGGCUAAACACUCUGAUGCUUUUAUUGCCUUACCUGGAGGAUAUGGAACUCUUGAAGAACUGCUCGAGGUCAUAACUUGGGCUCAGCUCGGUAUACACGACAAACCGGUGGGUCUGCUCAACGUCGAUGGAUACUACAACUCUUUGCUUUCGUUCAUCGAUAAGGCGGUGGAAGAAGGAUUCGUCAGUACAAACGCUCGCCAGAUCAUCGUUUCCGCACCAACAGCUAAGGAGCUCGUCAAGAAACUAGAGGAAUACUCGCCUUGCCAUGAAAGAGUUGCCUCUAAGCUUUGUUGGGAGAUGGAGCGGAUUGGCUACGCAUCUGAAGAAUGAUAAUACAUUUCAAUAUCUAAUAUAUAUAUUUAUAUAUAUAAAGAAUAAUAUCUAUAUAUAUAUAUAACGGGAAGAAGAAGAAGAAGACAGUUUGAAUCUCGAAGCUUUUGAUUAGGAGGGGAGGGUAAAAAUUUCCACUGCUAUGGGGAAAUUCUUUUGUGUAAAUUACCACUGUUUUCAACUCCCGAAUAUUUUUUUUUUGCUUAUUAGGGUAACUUAAAAUUAACUCUUUGGGUUCAUUGCUUA